UAUUCUCCGGUGGGAUCAGAAUAAAUUAGGCUUAGUUUUGCUGUGUGGAAUCCAUUAUGUCAACCGCUUGCAUACAUGGGGAGUAUGUCUGUAUUAAUGUUACAUAAACAGUGUUUACAAUAAUGAAUUGUGGCGUGGAAACAUAAGCAGCUUAGCGGAGUGGGGUUAAAGGCACAACCAAAUUGGCAGGCUCAUGAUAAAUGCAUGGGAUUUGUCUAAAAUAUUAAUCAAAUAUAAAUGUGCAAUGAAUUUAAUAGUGGUUUAUUCCCGAGCUAUAUUUGGAAGCAAUUCAGAGCCAUGCACAUUGCAGAGACCAGAGAGAGGAGGAAAUUAAAUUUGCUGAAAGAGAAUAAAAAGUUAAAUUAUGUGAAGUAGGGGAAUCCUAAAAUUCAUGUAGCAGAAAAAGAGAAAAAUGAUGUGUGAAGAUAAUGUGUACUGUUUUCAUUUAGCGGGCGUUCAGUGGGGAAGAAUAACAUUUUACCAGCACAUCAUUCAAUUGUGCGAGUGAUACAAGCUGUGCAAUUGUUUCAGGACACCAGUCUUAUAAGGCAAAGUGGGAAAGCUUUCUCAUGUGAUCUAAAACACUGGCUAUCGCCCUCUCUCAGUAAAACAGCACCUCUGGGUGCCAACAGUGGGAUGGAGGAAGACGCCCAGGCAAAGCAAGCAGAGUUUGGAAAUACCAAAUCCGUGGUCGCUAUUAGAGUUUACAGUUCACCUCACGCAGCCAAUCAUUUGGCUGGAGUGGAGCUCAGUCUCUGUCGGAGUUGUUUUUGGAGCCUGAGCUCAGUGUGUGAUACUGUGCGUAAAAUCUACCUGUCAGACGCAGCGGCGGUGCCAUGGCGAGCGGAGCUCGGCGAGCAAAGUCCAGUCUUACACACACGGACUAACUUCCUUUUAAACGGAUACCAUAUGCUGUGCCACGAUGACAGUUUCCUCACAAGUGAUAAUGUGAAGUAGAAAGGUUCGUCUCCGUCGACUCAGUUGCGCCGAGGAACGAUGCUGAACAAAGCUGCGGGAGGAUUUUCCACUACAGCAACCAGACUGCCAAAUCUUUUGGACUGAGCCACUAAACGUUUGAAGCCGCCAUCAUGGAGAGUCUCAGUGAGCUCCAGAACCCCCUGCUAGACAAAACCAGCAGACACGUCGUGCACAACGACUACCAGCCUUACCAGGACAGCCUCAUCGGCUACUACUACACUGACACUAAUGGCAAGCAUAAGACUCAACAGUUCCUGGACGCCACAUCUCUGCAUCUAGCUGUGGAGGCCUUCUACAGGCCCAACUUCAUCCUGUACAAGGACGACGUGAGUCUUCACAGCAAGGACUCGAAGAGCGAGAGCUUUGAGACCACUUUCACAGAGAGUAAGGACGCUGGGUUGGAUGGAGCUCCCACAGAAAACCCUCUGGACAGCGUACAAGGAGAGAAGGAUGUGAAGAUCCAGACAGUGUCGUACGAGGUGGAGGAUGAGCAGGGUCCUGAGUAUGAGAGUGACAGCUCCAGUGACAGUGAGAGUGAGGACAACUUCAUUGUGCUGCCCCCUCGGGACUACCUGGGCCUAGCCAUCUUCUCCAUGCUCUGCUGCUUCUGGCCCUUGGGCAUCGUUGCCUUUUACUACUCUCACAAGACUGGCAAGGCCAUCGCUAAGGGAGACUUCUCUGGAGCAGGAAUGAGCUCCAGAAGAGCCCUAUUCCUGGCUGCCCUUUCUAUCACCAUUGGAACAGGGAUGUACGUGGGGGUAGUUGUGGCCCUCAUUGCUUACCUGUCCAAGCCUGGACAUGUAUAACACUUGGACUGGUUUGCUUGAGGGGAGAUAGAGGCAAGAUGGGAGAAAGAAGAAAAGAGACUAGGUUGGACAAAUCUCUUCACCUUUCCUGAAGGCAUGUGUCUGUGCUGCUGCGUGGCCGUCUGUGAAAUGAAGCAGCUAUUUGACUUACGAAAAAAUAAGAUGUGUGGAUGGAGUAUUACUUGGAUGGCAUAUCGAUCCAGACUGAAUCUUUACUUCUGGGAUGCAACACUCCCACUGAGGUAUUCCACCACCACCUCCAGCAGACGAAGAAGAAAAACAGCACUGAGAAACUACACUUUCACAAAGGCCGUGCUUAUAUGUUAGACAGAAACUGAGCUCAUAGCAGUAAAGAACUACCUAUCUUUUACCACAUUAGUCAUUUACAGCAAUUUUAUUUUACCUUUAUAGUAGAUGUAUUUUCUGUCAAUACUAUUACAGAUUGUGUAUUGUCCACUUUGUAAUUUCUUGAAAAAAAAAAAAAAACAGUCAGCCAGUGGGUUUUUAUGUGAUUGUUUAUUCAAGGAAUAGAGAGAAGUAGGCCCUUAAUAAAAAGGUGAUUGUCACAGUGUACACAUAGUUGCUGAGCAGCAGUUAAGAGGGUUAUUUGUUUAAUGUGUACUGUAAAAUUAGUCAAUAAAUACAUUUGGCAUGAAUAAUAAAACAUCCUCUGCCACCUCUGUCAUCCUCUCAUUCUUGUCUCUUUAAGAGGGGGGAAACUUCUGCAGUUGCCA